GCGUAAUGUGUACGCUCGCGAUUUGAGUAGGCGUUAAAGUUCAUGUGUUGUGUUCGACGAUGAGUAAACAAUCGUCCACUUAUACUCUUCCUCCCAAAGAACUUUCAAUCUUCAAAAGAGUUGUUAAAUAUUAUGACCAAAAACAGUACAAAAAUGGACUAAAGUAUGCUAAACAAAUCCUAAGCAAUCCUAAAUUCAGCGAACAUGGCGAAACCCUAGCGAUGAAGGGUAUUUUAUUAAACUGUCUUGGUAAGAAAGAUGAAGCCAGGGAGUAUGUGAAACGUGGUUUAAAAGCGAACAUCACCAGCUUUGUCUGCUGGCAUAUUUACGGUCUCAUUCAUAAAUCUGACCACAAGUACGAAGAAGCAAUAAAAUGCUACCUGCAGGCUCUAAAGUUAGACAACGAGAAUUUGCAGGUGUUAAGGGAUCUUUCUGUCUUACAAAUGCAGUUGAGAGAUUAUGAAGGAUGCAGGGAUAUACGGUAUAAGUUGCUUCUUCUGAGACCUAGUCAAAAAGCAUCCUGGAUUGGCUAUGCUUUGAUACAUCAUUUGUUGGGAAACUACGAAAUCGCACUAACAGUUAUCAAUGAGUUUAAAAAAGGACAAAGCGAGAUACCCCAAUUCGAUUAUGAACACAGUGAGCUACUACUCUACCAAGCAAUGAUAAUGCUUGAAGCUGGAAAAGAUGAGGCUGCCUUAGAACAUCUCAUUCAAAAUAGCAACGAAAUCGUUGACAAAAUAUCGUUUUUAGAAAUGAAAGCACAACUCCACUUGAAACUUGGACAAUAUGAGGAUGCAGCUGAAUGUUCAUGGAGUCUAAUCGAUCGAAAUCAAGAAAAUCGUUUAUAUUUUGAACUUUUGGUGCAAGCAAAUACAGCCUUAUUAACUGGUAAAACAAACAUAAACUCUGAAACAACUAAAAAAACCUACGAGUCGAUUAUUGCCCGAUACCCUAAGUCUCGUCUAUCCAAACGGUUGAUUUUGAAUUAUUGCUCAGGUAAUGAGUUUCUCCAGCGCUUGGAUACUUACCUGAAGCCAUGCAUCAGGAAAGGUGUCCCUCCGUUAUUCAUACAACUAGUGGAGCUCCUGAGUGAUCCAGAAAAACUUACAGCUUUUGAAAGUCUUCUAACUAAAUACCGUAACAGUAUGGAUGUUAACGGAUCUCUCGAUGUACAGGAAAGCAGUGAGAAAGAAGCUCCUACAACAGAUGUUUGGCUUAACUAUCUAUCAGCUCAGUACUAUAACUUCAAAAGAAAAUAUCAGGAAGCCAUUGAAACCAUAGACUCUCAAUUGCUGUCAACACCUACGUUAGUUGACUUUUAUGUCCUAAAAGCAGAUGUCUUUUAUGAUGCAGGGGACUACAUUACAGCCAGUCGGUGGAUGGAAGAAGCCCAAUCUCUAGACACAGCUGAUCGUUUUAUUAAUGCUCGUUGCACAAAAUUCAUGGUGGAAGCUCAUCGCCUUGAAGAUGCUACAAACAUGGCUUCUAAAUUUACAAGAGGAAACACAUCGCCAAAAGAAUACUUGUCCGAAAUGCAGUGUAUGUGGUUUCUGUUGGAUAAUGCAAGGGCACUCAAAGAAAUGGGUAGACUCGGAGAUGCCCUUAAGUUAUGUCAUGAAGUACAGCAGCACUACAGAAAUAUUCUUGAUGAUCAGUUAGAUUUCCAUUCCUAUUGUCUACGGAAAGUUACCCUGCGGUCAUAUGUUGAAACACUGCGGUUGGAAGAUCGUUUACGGGACCAUCAGUCUUACUUUGAUACCGCUCAACUUGCAGUUGAAAUUUACUUGCAGCUAUAUUCUCAACCUCUGGACAGUAUUGAUGAAUCUCCUCUCAGAGAAAAUGACGGUAUGUCAUCUUCUGAAGCUAAAAAGUUACGAAAUAAACAACGGAAAGCCGCUAAGCGUGCGGAAGCGGAAGCUGCUCGAGCUCGGGCUGAACAGGAACGUCGAGAACAAGCAGCUCGUUCAAGACAGCCUGCAUCUGAGGAGACAACUACAGAUAACCCAUCCUCGGCGGAAAACGAGCUAGAUGCUAAUCUUCUGGCCAGACCUGAGGAUCCACUUGAAGAGGCAUCAAAAUUUCUUCUUCCCUUGUUGGAUUUGUCUCCUAAAACUGUUGAAGCUUAUUGUUUGGCUUUUGAAGUCUAUGAAAGAAAACAAAAAUUUCUGCUCAUGCUCAAAUGGAUUUCUCGUGGUUUACAACUUGCAAAUUCUUGUGACAAUCCUUGGUUUCAUGAAUGCUGUGUGAGAUUUCUUCUGCAACUACACAAUCGAGGAAAAUCAGAUGAUGUAAUUGGUAAAGUUCUUACAUCUGAAGUCCUAAAGUUAUUCAACGAGUGGCCAGAAAAUAUUUCUUUUGUUAAAGAAUAUAAUGAGAGAUUUAAUCAGCGUAAUCAAGACAUAUAUCCUCAUGUAUUUAGAUAUACCCUGUGUCAAUGUUUGAUUGAUCCACAGCAUAGAGAUAAUUAUCUUUCUAAGAUUCCUUUACCAAGUGAUAAUUUUAAAGGUGUUACGUGGCAAGAAUGCCGUACAUGUUUAGAUAUUUUACGGAAAGGUCAAUGGACUUCACUGGGGCGUUGUGACGCUUCUGUCAUAGAAAGGUAUCGUUCUGCUUGUAAUGAAUAUUUUCCUAUGGCAAAUGCAUUUCUAACAGCCGCACAAAUAGACUUAUUACGUCAGAAUAUGAUUGAAGCAGCUAAUUCAUCAGCUAUAUCUGGCGUGUUCUUCACACCGAAUGACAAGGACCAACAACUGGACCACAGCGCGGAUCAUGAAAGUAAAUUAUCAAAUGAAUUGUCUAGACUAACUGUCGAACCGAUGGUUAAUGGUGAUCUAAAGGAUUCUACUAGUUGGAUUCCUCAAUCUUGUAAGCAAGUUACCGUAGCAAGUAAAGCAACUGACAUUGUUGUUUGAUUCCUAGUAAACUUACUGAAUUCCUUGCCAAUCAAUUUUUUAGCUAACGUUUUAUGUAUGUCUCCAGAAGUUUGUGGAUACGGACUCAUUUGUAUUUUCCAUUGUGCAGUAAUAAAUGUACACUUUUGUAGAAUAAUAAGUUUGAAACAUUUUCUUUUAUAUGAACCUUUUUUGCAUGGAACUUUAUUUCACUACCUGGGUUGAUUACUGCUACACAUGAUUAUUGUAUCACAUGUGCAUAAAAUUACUUUGUGAAAUGCUAUUCUAAUAUAAAAAAUUCUGUACAACAAACUUAAUCUCUUGUAUAUGCACAGAUCGCGCACUUCCGAACCUGUACCGGAGUCUAUUUGCCAGUUGACUUGUUGAUAAUUGUGAUCCUUAUCAUUGUUUUUGCACUGAGUUAUGUUGAUACGAUCGUUAUUUCAGCAAUAAAAUCUUAAGCUUUUUGAUGACUAUUGUUUCUUGAGCAUGGGAAUGUGUAACAGCUAUUACCGUAAACAAAUAUUUCUACCUUAUAUAAUAUAGCGAAUUUUUCGUCUCAACUAUUUCAAUAAAUUAACUUUUCAGCACCGAGUUAGUUACAGCUAUU